GUUAAUUGAAAGUAUUGAUUGAUCGUUUACAAGUGGCAAUGGCGCUGUCGGCUUCUGACCUACCUGCGAUGUAUACACUGCUCGCCAAUUCAUUGAGUCGCGACGAGAGCGUACGCAAACCUGCCGAAGCCGCGCUCGCACAAUCCGAAUGUAGACCUGGUUUCUGCUCUUGUCUCAUGGAAGUAAUAACUGCAAAGGAUUUAGCCGCUCAGGUGGAUGUUCGAUUAUUGGCUUCGGUUUAUUUCAAGAACAGCAUCAAUCGGUACUGGAGGAACAGGCGUGAUUCCUCGGGAAUUAGCGUUGAGGAGAAAAUACAUUUGAGACAAAAACUGUUGUCACACUUAAGAGAAGACAAUUAUCAGAUUGCUCUCACAUUGGCUGUGCUUAUCUCGAAAAUUGCUCGCAUCGACUAUCCCAGAGAUUGGCCAGAGCUCGUUUCUACUUUAGCACAGCAGCUUCAAUCGGCGGAUAUUCUAACUUCCCACAGGAUUUUUAUGGUUCUUUUUCGAACUUUGAAGGAGUUGUCCACUAAACGUCUUACAUCAGAUCAAAGGACCUUUGCUGAGAUAUCUUCCCAAUUCUUUGAUUACAGCUGGCACCUUUGGCAGAGAGAUGUGCAGACCAUACUGCUUGGUUUUUCGGCACUUGCUCAAAACUUUAGUUCUAAUGCUUCAGACUUACAUCAUGAUGAUCUUUAUCUAAUAUGUGAAAGAUGGUUUCUGUGUUCGAAGAUAAUUCGCCAAUUGAUAAUUUCUGGGUUUCCAAGUGAUGCAAAAUCUUUUCAGGAGGUGUGGCCAGUUAAGGAGGUCUCCCCUGCGAUGUUGAAUGCUAUUCAGUCAUUCCUACCAUACUAUUUAUCUUUCCAAGAGCAACACCACAAAUUCUGGAACUUCUUACAGAAGGCAUGUAGUAAAUUGAUGAAGAUUUUAGUAACAAUUCAGCGCAGGCAUCCUUACUCCUUUGGUGAUAAAUGUGUCCUUCCACCCGUCAUGAACUUCUGUUUGAACAAGAUUACAGAUCCUGAACCUGAGAUAGUGUCAUUUGAGCAAUUUCUUAUUCAGUGUAUGUCGAUGGCAAAAUCUGUCCUGGAAUGUAAAGAGUAUAAGCCAAGCUUGACAGGUCGUGUAAUGGAUGAAAAUGGGCUUACCCUAGAGCAGAUGAAGAAAAACAUUUCCAACGCUGUUGCUGGUGUCCUCACUUCCCUUUUGCCCAGUGACCGAGUGAUACUCUUAUGUAAACUCUUGAUAAGAAGGUAUUUUGUUUUAACAGCUAGUGAUUUGGAGGAGUGGGGUCAGAACCCAGAGUCUUUUCAUCAUGAGCAGGAUUCGGUCCUGUGGACAGAAAAACUAAGGCCCUGUGCUGAAGCUCUAUAUAUUGUUUUGUUUGAAAAUCAUAGCCAACUGUUAGGCCCUAUUGUGGUUUCCAUUCUUCAAGAGGCAAUGAAUGCUUGUCCUCCUUCAAUAAGUGAAAUUACUCCAGCAUUACUUCUCAAGGAUGCCGCAUAUGGUGCUGCUGCAUAUGUUUAUUAUGAGCUUUCAAAUUAUAUGAGCUUCAAAGACUGGUUCAACGGUGCAUUAUCUCUAGAACUCAAAAAUGAUCAUCCAAAUAUGCGGAUCAUCCACAGGAAAGUUGGACUAAUCCUUGGGCAGUGGGUUUCUGAGAUAAAAGAUGACACCAGACGACCAGUAUACUGUGCUUUGAUCAAAUUGCUUCAGGAAAAAGACCUAUGUGUCAGGCUGGCAGCAUCCCGGUCUUUGUAUUUUCAUAUUGAAGAUGCAAACUUCUCGGAGCAAGAUUUUUCUGACCUUCUUCCAACAUGUUGGGAUUUGUGUUUUAAAUUGGUGGAGGAAGUCCAGGAGUUUGACUCGAAGGUUCAAGUUUUAAAUACCAUCUCUGUCCUAAUAGCAAAUGCCUCUGAAGUUGUUUCAUUUGCAAACAACUUGGUGCAGUUUUUCCAGAAGGCCUGGGAGGAAUCCUCUGGUGAAAGCCUUCUACAGAUUCAGCUUCUUACUGCACUAAAGAACUUUGUGGUUGCACUUGGUUAUCAAUCACCCAUUUGUUACAACAUGCUAUUGCCUAUCUUACAAAUUGGAAUCAGUGUAAAUAGCCCAGAUGAACUUCUGGAAGACAGCAUGCUGUUAUGGGAAGCCACGCUUUCUCAUGCACCCUCAAUGGUGCCUCAACUACUAGGAUAUUUCCCGUGUCUUGUGGAAAUCUUGGAAAGAAGUUUUGAUCACUUGAAGGUUGCUGCCAGUAUCACUGAAGGCUACAUAAUAUUGGGUGGAACUGAGUUUCUUAGUAUGCAUGCUUCUAGUGUAGCUAAACUCCUUGAUCUGGUUGUUGGAAAUGUCAAUGACAGGGGGCUGCUUUCAAUUCUUCCACUCGUUGAUAUUCUAAUUCAGUGUUUCCCCAUGGAGGUGCCUCAGUUGAUCAAUGCUACUCUUCAGAAGUUCAUCUUCAUAUGCUUGACUGGGGGUGAUGACCAUGAUCCUUCUAAGGCAGCUGUAAAAGCAUCUUCAGCAGCUAUCCUCGCGAGAGUUCUGGUAAUGAAUACCAACUACCUCGCCCAAUUAACAGCAGAACCAUCACUCUCAGUACUCUUGCAGAAGACAGGUUUUCCAGUAGAAGAAAAUAUUCUUCUUUGCCUGGUUGACGUAUGGCUUGACAAGGUCGACAAUGUAACUUCUAUCCAAAGAAAGACAUUUGGUUUAGCCCUUUCUAUAAUUUUGACGUUGAGAUUGCCUCAAGUACUCGAUAAACUUGAUCAGAUCCUAAGUGUAUGUACAAGUGUAAUAUUGGGUGCAAGUGAAGACUUAGCCGAGGAAGAGUCCAGGUUGAUGUGAAAUUAGACUUCUGACUAUGUUAUUAUUAUUAAUGGUGGUUGUAAAACAAGGAACUGAUUAUGCGUCUUUUUCUUUUUGGAAUUUUCAAUUGCUUUAUUGAACAACAGUAGCGAUAACAUAAGCUCUAGCAAGCCUCAUGUUCCAAGCAGAGAGUUCAGAAAGAGACAGAUCAAAAUCUCAGACCCUAUAAACCAGGCUUCACUAGAAAAUUCCGUGAGGGACAAUCUCCAAGCAUGUGCUGCACUUCAUGGGGACUCUUUCAAUGUAGCUAUUUGUAAAAUGCAUCCAGCAGCAUUUGCCCAAUUAAAGCAAGCAUUGAAGAUGCCAUAGUCCAGAUUUGAUAUUGCAGUCUUCUGGAUGGAACAGUGUUCUCGUGUCUGGUGUCCUCCAGUUUUCCUAUGAUCCCGUAGAAGGAGAAGGAAGGUUUGAGGUGAGAUUGCAGCUUCUUGGACUUGUCAGGUUGUGAUGUACCCAUUUUUUUGAUUUCCCUUUUUAUUGUAUGCUUGAGUUUAUUAUCCAUUCAUCAGUGUUGAAAUUAUUUGAAAUGGUUCUCUGGCAAAUCCAGAAUGUAAAUAGUGAUCCCUUCAUGUCGUGGUUUUUGAGGCAUGUAAGGAUCCAAAUGUCGAGUUCCUCCGGUUUGGCCGAUAUUCAUGAACUUUUUACACCCAAUGAGGGCGAAAAGGUUGGUGUAUAAGUUCAUUUUUAAAAAAAAAUUACUUGUAAGAUUUUACAGCAUUGAAUAUGUACCAUUAAUUUCGAGGUUGAGAAAUGUGUUUUAUUUGGAGUGAGUAUCUG